CUUUCCUUUCCCUCGGUCGCGCAGUAGGACAGUAUCCGCAGCUGAUCGUGGCCAUGGCGCUGUUGAAGACCAGCAAGCUCGUCUCCGCCGUCGGAGCUUUCUCUCCGUCCCUGGGGGUCUUUCCCUCUCGGGCAAGCUCCUGGUGGUCCGAGGUGCAGAUGGGACCCCCAGACCCCAUUCUCGGGGUGACUGAGGCGUUCAAGCGCGACACCAACCCAAAGAAGAUGAACCUGGGUGUGGGGGCGUACCGCGACGACAACGGAAAACCCUUUGUGCUCAGCUGUGUCCGCAAGGCAGAGGCUCUGAUUGCCUCUAAGCAGCUGGAUAAGGAGUACCUGGGCAUCGGCGGUUUGGGGGACUUCAGUAAGGCCUGUGCUGAGCUGGCUCUGGGAGCUGACAGUGAGGUGAUCAAAAGCAAACGGAACAUCACAGUCCAGACCAUCUCCGGCACUGGAUCACUGCGGAUCGGAUCCAACUUCCUGUCUCGUUUCCACGUGCUGAAGGACGCGUACCUCCCUAAGCCGUCCUGGGGGAACCACACCCCCAUCUUCCGUGAUGCCGGCAUGCAGCUCAAGUCCUACCGCUACUACGACCCUGCUACCUGCGGCUUCGACUUCACCGGAGCCCUCGACGACAUCUCGAAAAUUCCAGAGCACAACGUGAUCAUGCUGCACGCAUGCGCCCACAACCCCACCGGGGUCGACCCUCGGCCAGAGCAGUGGAAGGAGUUGUCAGAGGUCAUCAAGAAGAGGAAGCUGCUGGUGUUCUUCGAUAUGGCUUAUCAGGGCUUCGCUAGCGGCGACAUCGACCGCGACGCCUGGGCCGUCCGCUACUUCAUCGAGCAGGGACACAACAUGCUGCUCUCCCAGUCCUUCGCCAAGAACAUGGGUCUCUACGGUGAGCGUGUGGGAGGGUUCACGGUGGUGUGUGCGGACGAAGAAGAGGCCAAGAGGGUGGAGUCUCAGCUGAAGAUUCUGAUUCGUCCAAUUUACUCCAACCCCCCCAUGAACGGAGCUCGCAUCGCCGCCACCAUCCUCAACACACCUGAGCUGCGCUCACUCUGGCUGAGCGAGGUGAAGGACAUGGCUGACCGCAUCAUCAGGAUGAGGGAGAUGCUGGUGGCCAACCUGCAGAAGGAGGGAUCCACACGCAACUGGCAGCACGUCAUCGACCAGAUCGGCAUGUUCUGCUUCACCGGACUUAAACCUGAUCAGGUGGAGCGUCUGACCAAGGAAUUCUCCGUGUACAUGACCAAAGACGGCCGUAUCUCUGUUGCCGGGGUGACGUCUGGAAACGUGGAGCAUCUGGCACAUGGCAUCCACCAGGUCACCAAGUAGAGCAGUGCAUGCUGGGAGGGGAAGUCCAGUCAGUCACACACAUCAUUUCCUGUUUCUGUUUUCAAUCCCACACACAGCAGCCCUCUAAUUGGCUGCUGGUUGCCCUUUGUCCUUUGCCCUGGAAGAGGUGCUCAGGAUCGUGUGACCUCAUGAAAUGCUCCAUCACACAACCAGUUGCACUCUCUUCAGCAGAAGAAUAACAUCCUUUUAAGCUCAUCUCUUUCUGUACAGCACUUGUUUUGAGUGUUUGUGUGUGUUUGUGUGUGUUUGUGUGUGUUUGUGUGUGUUUGUGUGUGUGUGUUUGUGUGUGCGUGAUGAGAUGAUAUGUAAUCAUGUGAUUCUGUAAUUUGACCUUCAUUGACCUUUGAUGAAAUUUUCAUUCAAUGACUGACAGUCAUUUCCUGCUCUAAUGAAGGGUCAUGCUACAUCCUGUCUGUAUGUAGUCCGAGGAAUGUACACACACACACACACAAUAAUGAUGCUUCUGUCACACCUAUACCUGUACCACACACACACACACACACUCUCUCAGAGCAGAGUGUAUGUGCUGAGUGGUGGUGUAAAGGUGUGCUGUUGACGGUGGCUGGUGCCCUGGGGCUGUUGUCCUGUGUUCCUCUGGUUUACUUACCGCACUUUACCUUUGGCACUUGGACCAUGAUGAUGAUCUCACACACACACACACACACACACCAGUGUAUGACGAGGUGAUGAUGCUCAUAUGCUUUACCUUUGGACCAUGAUGGCACUUGGACCAUGAUGAUGAUGAUGAUGUGGUUAUCUCUCUGUGGCUCAGCUGGCGUUACAAACGCAGGGUAUACCUCAGUCAUACUGCUUACACACACACACACACCAGUGUAUGACGAGGUUAACGGUUUCAAACAAAGUGCUCGUGUGUUUCUGUGAAUGAAUGUGUUCAUGUGUCGUUUGAAAAACACACACACACUCAUAACUGUUUGUACUCUCAUCAGUUGUCAAUAAACUGCGCUCUGGUACUGA